AAGACACAACAAUAAAGUUUAUAGCAACACUUUGGGCUGAUUAUUUAUCGACAUCGUCAAAAUGCCCUCGGAAUAUGACGUCCCCGCGGGCAGACUCAAGCUAAAGUCGGAUUCCCAGAUUAAAAAGAAAAAAAAGAAACAGGAAAAGCGUGAAGAUGCAGAAAAGCUGGAAAAGGCUAUUCAAGAGCAGCAAAAUGCGGAAACACAAACAGGAACUGGACGGAAACUGACCAAUGCUGAAUUGACCUUUAAGAAAAUGCAGGAAAAAAUGCAAAACAAACGAAUUCUGGAAAAAGCCUCAAUGACACACAAGCAGAGAGUGGAGAAAUUCAAUGAGCAUUUGGACGGUCUCACGGAACAUUUCGACAUCCCCAAAGUCUCAUGGACCAAAUGAAUACAACCAAAAUUGCCAUCUUCGCUUGAGUUUUCCUGUAAUUUAAAGUUGCGUAGAAUUGUCUGGAGGAAUGGAAUUUGUAUAAACAUUAACAAGUUAAGCGCAGUUGCCAUUAUGCUAAGAAAUUUAAACGGUGAAUUCCGAAGAAUAAAAUUGUGCCGGAGUAAUU